AUGGGUGCAAUGGGCCCAGCUGGUGGAGGAAGAAAUCCAGUCACAGCCAGAUUUUUACGUCAUUUCAAUACCAUCACAAUCAACGAGUUCGACGAUGCGAGCAUGUCCACGAUCUUCAGUCGAAUGUUAGACUGGCAUUUCAACAUCAAGAACCAGUUCGAGUCUACGUAUUCUGAUUUGAUCAAACCAAUCAUCUCCGGAACCCUCGAAAUCUUUCACUCGACGAUUAAAAAUCUUCUACCAACGCCGAAAAAAUCGCACUAUCUUUUCAACCUUCGCGACUUCGCAAGAGUAAUUCAGGGUGUUUGCCUCUCAAACCCGAUUAGCGCCCCAACAACAGAUUCUAUCAAGCAACUUUGGGAUGAUCUGCGCUCUCUCAUGUUCUGCGACUUUGUCCCGAAAAACGAUAAUGGAUAUUAUCUGCAGGUGCCAGAUGUUGAAGAGCUCAAAGAAACCGUCACUGAGCAACUUGCUGAAUUCAACUUAAUUGAUAAAAAACCGAUGAACCUGGUGUUGUUCCGCUUUGCCAUCGAGCACAUAUCACGUAUUUCGCGACUUCUUAAGCAACCAAGAGGCCAUGCUCUGCUCGUCGGCGUUGGUGGAUCAGGCAGACAGUCGUUGACUAGACUGGCGGCUUUCAUGGCGGACUGUGAGCUUUUCCAGGUGGAAAUCGGAAAAGGCUACGGGUUAACAGAAUGGCGAGAAGAUCUGAAAGUUAUCUUGAUGAAAGCGACUGCUACGGAUCGACAAGGUGUUUUCUUGUUCACUGAUACGCAAAUCAAGGAGGAAGCCUUCCUCGAAGAUAUUAACAAUUUGCUGAAUGCUGGAGAAGUUCCAAACAUAUUCGCAGCUGAUGAAAAACAAGAAAUCAUUAACAAAAUGCGUCAACUGGACAAACAGCGUGAUAAGGCGCUACAAACGGAUGGAACUCCGCUCGCCUUGUUCAACAUGUUUAUUGAGAGAGUCAAAGACCAGCUUCAUAUUGUACUGGCUAUGUCUCCGAUCGGAGAUGCGCUCGUCGAGCGUCUUAGAAUGUUCCCGUCGCUCGUUAAUUGUUGCACGAUUGAUUGGUUCCAAAGCUGGCCUGACGAUGCACUCGCUUCUGUUGCGCAGAAAUUCAUGGAGGAAGUAGAGAUGAGUGACGCGCACAAAGCGUCUUGUGUCCGUCUUUGUAAAAACUUUCAUCAAUCGUCACGUGGGCUCACUGACCGUUUCAAAGAUGAAGCUGGCCGUCAUAACUACGUCACACCAACCUCAUACCUUGUCUUGAUUUCUACGUAUAAAAAUUUGCUCGACAAAAGACGCACGGAAAUCAGCAAAAUGAAGAAUCGAUACAUUGUUGGAUUGGAGAAACUGGGCGCCGCAGCAGAAGCCGUUGGAGCUAUGCAAAUCGAGCUCGAAGCUCUUCAACCGCAGCUCGUAGAGUCGUCGAAGGAAGUUGACAAAAUUAUGAUCAAAGUCGAAAAGGAAAGCGUGGAAGUCGCUAAAGUGGAGAAAGUUGUGCGGGCAGAUGAAGCCGUUGCGAAUGAGCAAGCAAUGGCAGCUAAAGCGAUUAAGGAUGAAUGUGACGCGGAUCUUGCCGAAGCUAUACCUAUUCUGGAAAGUGCCAUGGCAGCCCUCAACACUCUGACACCAAAGGAUAUCGGUGUCGUAAAGCAAUUCGGUAGUCCUCCUGCUGUCGUCAAAUUGAUCCUUGAAGCCGUUUGUGUGCUCAAAGGUAUCAAGCCAGAGAAGAAGCCAGAUCCGUCUGGCUCUGGUCAAAUGAUUCAGGACUACUGGGGACCGGCGAAGAGAAUGCUUGGAGAUAUGAAGUUCCUUCAGUCGCUUAUUGAGUUUGACAAGGACAACAUUCCAGCAGCUUACAUCAAGCAAAUUCGAACAAAAUACAUCACUCAUCCAGAUUUCCAUCCAGAAAAGGUCGUUCAAGCUUCGUCAGCAUGUGCGGGCAUUUGUAAAUGGGUCCGAGCAAUUGAGUCGUACGACAAAGUCGCGAAAGUGGUAGCACCAAAGAAGGAAAAACUCAAAGAAGCAGAAGGAGAGCUAGCAGUUGUGAUGAAAGCUUUGAAGGCCAAGCAAGACCAGCUCAAAGAGGUCCAAGAUAAAAUGGCGGUUCUACAAGAAACGCUUAUCAAUAACAAGAGGAAAAAAGGCGAUUUGGAAAAUCAAGUCGAUCUUUGUUCCAAAAAGCUCGUCCGUGCCAAACAACUAAUCGAAUCACUUGGUGGAGAGAAAGACAGAUGGACAGAAAUGGCGCAUAAUCUUGGGAUCCAGUACGAAAACCUCACAGGCGACGUUUUGAUUUCAGCAGGAGUUGUUGCAUAUCUCGGUGCUUUUACCUCGGUAUACAGAGAAGACGCUAUCAAAGAAUGGCGAGAGCUUUGCAUUGCUGAGAAAAUACCCUGUUCUGAAAAAUUCGCUCUUUCUGGCGUCCUUGGCGAUCCAGUCAAAAUAAGAGCUUGGAAUAUCGCUGGACUGCCUUCAGACUCCUUUUCGAUCGACAAUGGCAUCAUCAUCGCGAAUUCUACUCGCUGGCCACUUCUGAUUGAUCCUCAGGGUCAAGCAAACAAGUGGAUCAAAAAUAUGGAGAAGUCAAACAAUCUCCACGUGAUAAAACUAACUGACACAGAUUUUGUGAGGACGCUUGAAAACUGCAUUCAGUUUGGAAAUCCUGUUCUUUUAGAAGACAUUGGCGAAGAGCUUGAUCCGAUAUUGGAGCCACUGUUGCUGAAGCAAACGUUUAAACAAGGAGGCGCUUUGUGCAUCCGCCUUGGCGACUCGACGCUAGAAUAUUCGAACGAUUUCCGAUUUUAUAUCACGACCAAGCUCAGAAAUCCACAUUAUCUUCCAGAAACAUCCGUCAAAGUUACACUUCUCAACUUUAUGAUCACGAAAGAAGGCCUUCAAGAUCAACUUCUAGGAAUCGUUGUUGCCUUGGAAAGACCCGACCUUGAAGAGGAAAAGAACCAACUGAUUCUUCAAGGAGCUGAAAACAAGCGACAGCUCAAGGAAAUUGAAGACAAGAUUUUGGAAGUGCUCUCUAGUUCCGAAGGAAAUAUUUUGGAAGAUGAAACGGCGAUCAAGAUCCUCUCCAGCUCGAAAGUUCUUGCGAAUGAAAUCUCUGAAAAACAGGCAAUCGCCGAAGUAACUGAACGUAAAAUUGACGAGGCAAGAAAAGGAUACACCCCUAUCGCCAUCCAUUCCACAAUUCUCUUCUUUACGAUUUCUGAUUUGGCGAAUAUAGAUCCCAUGUACCAAUACUCACUGACUUGGUUUGUGAGCCUGUUUGAAAAGGGAAUCGAAAAGUCGGAAAAAUCAGAUGACAUCACAACACGAUUGAGCAAUUUGCAGGACUACUUUACGUACAGUCUGUACUGUAAUGUUUGUAGAUCGCUCUUUGAGAAAGACAAGCUGUUGUUCUCGUUCAUUCUCUGCACAAAUCUGCUUAUGCACAGAAACGAAGUGUCGAUGGAGGACUUCAGGUUCCUUCUAACCGGCGGUGUUGGCCUAGAAAAUCCCAAUGAAAAACCGGUCGACUGGAUACCGACGAAAUCUUGGGAUGAGAUCUGCCGACUAAAUGAUGUUGGAGACGAUUUCAAGGGGAUAAUAAGCGAUUUUAAAGAGUUGAGUGCUCAAUGGAAGCGGCUUCUCAUUCUUCGAUGUUUACGGCCAGACAAACUCAUACCUGCUCUUCAAGCAUUCAUCACUGAAAAAAUUGGUCAGAGGUUUAUUGAGCCACCUCCAUUUGAUCUCCCAGGCUCAUACGCCGACUCGCAUAGCUGCGCACCUCUGAUCUUUAUUCUUUCUCCUGGAUCUGAUCCCAAUGCUGCGUUGUUAAAAUUUGCUGACGACGAAGACAUGGGUUCGAAAAUUUCAUCCCUUUCGCUUGGCCAGGGUCAAGGGCCGAUCGCAAUAAAAAUGAUCAACAAGGGUAUUGAGGAAGGAAAAUGGGUUGUUCUUCAAAACUGUCAUUUGGCUACUUCGUGGAUGACGACUCUUGAGAAAAUUUGCUACGAUUUGAAUCCUGAAACCACUCAUCCCAACUUCAGAUUAUGGUUGACUUCCUAUCCGAGUCCGAACUUUCCCGUUUCAGUCUUGCAGAAUGGUGUCAAGAUGACGAACGAAGCUCCAGCAGGAAUGAAGGCCAACAUGAUCAGGUCAUAUCUUUCCGAUCCUAUCUCUGAUCCCGAGUGGUUCACGGGAUGCCAACAAGACGUACAUUUUAAGAAGCUCCUCUUUGGCCUGUGCUUUUUCCAUGGUCUUGUCCAAGAGCGUCGUAAAUUCGGCCCGAUUGGUUGGAACAUACCUUAUGAAUUCAACGAGACUGACCUGCGUAUUUCUGUACGCCAGUUGCAGAUUUUCCUGAAUCAGUACGAUUUCAUCCCAUUAGAUGCAAUCAAUUACUUGACUGGAGAAUGUAAUUAUGGUGGUAGAGUCACUGACGAUAAAGAUAGAAGAUGUCUAUUGGCACUGCUUUCACGUGUUUACAGAAGAGAUACAGUUGACACUCCCGGUUAUGCUUUUGAUAAUGACGGUCUUUUUGCCGUGCCCCCAGAUGGAGAUCAUGAAAGGGACUGGUUUAAACUAAAGUUUCUAUUGCUUGAGCAGACUGGCUUUCAGACUGAUAGACUUGAACGAGUGCAAGCUUUCAGCUGCAGACUUAUCUGA